CUAUUGCAAGGAGCAGCGCUGUCGUUUAAACUCACAAAAAGAAGGGAGUUUAGUGUACGUUUCAGGAUUCAAUCGAAUGUGCUGAACGAUAAGUGUAUACCAAGGAAAGAAAAACAUCGGCGAUAAUGUUUCCUGCCAUUGUGGCUCCGUCAGGGACGAUGUUCCAAAAUAGCAUCUUGGUCAAGCCGGCAAGUUCGCCGCCGGCUGGACAACCGUAUUCAGGGGGUCUGUCAUCCUCUUUCCUGGUGGAUAACCUUCUAGGAGCCCAGAGAACCCCUCCCCAGGGACCGUACGGGGUCAUACGCUCUCCACCUGUGACAACGGUGAGCGUACACGACCGCAUUUACUCUAUACCACAACUCGAUCGCGGCUACCACAUGUACGCAGACAAACUGAGCUGUAACCUUUCUCCCAGACCACUUCAUCAGUCCCCUGCCAGUUUGAAGACACAAGGUAAAGAUGUACAGCAGGAGGAAAAAACACAAUCCCAGGUCGCACACGGAGACAGUGCGCGUAUGAGACACAACACAGACAGGGAGUGUAGCAAUAGUCGAGCUCUUAGCAAUAACAAUAACAAUGGCAGCAAUGAUCGCGAUGCUAGCAGUAGCAGCAGCAAACAUGUUAACAGUGCCAAUGAUAAUACGCGUUUGAAAUUUGGAGUGAACGCAAUUUUGUCUCUUCCUUCGAAAGCAAAAGAACCCAAAACCAGCAUUAACGGUGCUUUUUCCAGCUACCACCCAGUGCCUCCAGAUUUCUUCCCUCUUCCAGAGCAUUUACAGCACAAGUCCCCCUAUGGUGGCUACCCGGUGAGCCUACCCUACACACCCUAUGCUGGACAUAUACACUACGCACCCCACCCCUACCCACACCCCUCGCCGCCAAUCUUCCUCAAGAAUCCAUAUCUGUCCGGAGGGAUGUUGCCUCUGCCGAAUGCACUGUCCAUACUGCAGGGGAUGCGAGGCAAGCCCCGACGAGGGAUGUUGCGGAGAGCGGUGUUCUCGGAUGCGCAGCGGAAGGGGUUGGAGAAGAUGUUCCAGAAACAAAAAUACAUCAGUAAACCGGAUCGGAAGAAACUGGCAGCAAAGUUGGGACUGAAGGAUUCACAGGUAAAAAUCUGGUUUCAAAACCGAAGAAUGAAAUGGAGGAAUUCCAAGGAGCGCGAACUGAUGUCAGCCGGGGGGACCCGAGAGGCGACCAUUCCAACACGAAACAACCCGAACCCAGACUUGAGUGACGUCAGUGACAAAUUACAAGAUAAAUCAUUACCUUCUCCAACAUCAGAAGAACAAAUCACGGACAGGACAUUGGCUGUGAACUGUCUGUCUUCCUCUGGGGAGACUCAAAAAUAUCCGCUCCCUGGCAGCGCUAGUCUUGUGACGUCAACUAAUGACGUGGACAGUGACGAGUUGCUGAACGUCACAUCUGACUCUGAUGACGAUGAAGAUGAAGAUGAUGUUGAUUGCGAGGAAAUGGAAUACGGUCCUGCAACCUAAAUUAAAGUACAUUUGUGGCUUUAUGCGGAGUAUUUAUUUUACCUGUUUUAUCAGCAAGAAUGUGCUUCCAAAAACAAUAGUUUGCAUAUUGUUGAAUAGCAUUAUUUUUUAUCCAUUUUGUGUUGAAUCAGAACUCAAUGCCCAUUCAGCUUUAAUAUUAUAUAUAUUUAAAAUGUAAAUUAAUGCCAUAUAAAUUUUAAGUUUCUUUUUUUAAAGUUUACUUUACCAUUAUCCAUUGAUCUUGUUAAGUAAAACAAAAUAUUAUAGGUUCAAAUGUUUAGACACGCCAAGAGAAAUAUGCUAAACAAUCAUCAAAAUAUAAUAACAUUGGUUAAGCACUGGUAGAUUCCCGAACAUGGGGUAUGACUUUACCGAUUAACUUGAGAAAUGAAUGACAAGUAUUCUGCCAAUUAAUGUUCUAAAUAUUCUUUAAGAUUCUCCCUUCUUUAGUUUUUUCUUUCAACAGCAGUAUGAAACCUUUAGUGCAUUGUGUCGUCUGCUUAACCGUGUAUCCUUGUCGUAAGUGCCAUAUGUAUAUCUGCUGCUCUGAGGUGACAUGCGGGUUAUGAUUAUUAGUUCUGAGAACAUUAUCCACAUU